UAAGUUAUCAAGAACCAGACCUCGGCGGGUUUAAACCACUAGUUGUAAACUAGAUACGAAACACUACAUUCAUAAAUGAAAACUACAAAUUUUUGAAUUCGAAAUGUAUUGCACAAAUAACUUGAAUUUACCCAAAGCUUAACUGAACAAUUUUACUUGUAAACUGUGUAAAAAAAUCAUAUGGUUUUAAUUGAACGAAAUGCACAAUUUCUUUAUCAUUUUACUCAGGUACUGGACUAAUUGCAAGUUUACAGGAGGGUCGUAAUUGUGUUGCUGUCGACACCGAUAAACACACUCUACAAGACCUUCAAAUGCGAUGCCAUUCCCAGCUUACCUUCCCCAAAGGUAGAAAACAUCCUCCAAGUCAAGAACCAAGAACCACAUGCGGGCCAUCAACUUCCACACCUUCAACUUCAACCGAAUCCACCAAAGAGCUACCAACAGUUUCCGCUUCAGCUGAUAACCAGGACGUCUGGGGUCUUUUAGACACAGUCCUUGAAAGUCCUUGAAUUUCACUUUUCAUUUUUCAAGGCCUUGAAAGUCCUUGAAUUCCGAAAAAGGUCCUUGAAAGUCCUUGAAUUUCAAAAUGUGCUCCCCCAAAAAAUUAUUGAUAUUAUAUUUUAACCAAAAUGGUAAUAAAAUGUGUUUUUUUGAUUCCCUUUUUCCUUGUUUCAAAACCCGUUCCGAUUCUAAAAUCGUAAAGUGAAAUUGCACAUUUUUAUUUUUAUUACACAACGACCGGCACAUAUUGAGAGUCUGGUCCCUAUCGCCCUCAACGGGUAUCAUCGCAUAAUUCGCAUUAGCCAAUAACAGACGGCCUUUUAACGAUUUUUGGUUGAAGUUUUCAUGACGCCAUUUUGAGACGUGCAUGGUUGUUCGUCUGUGUACGACUUCGGAAGUAUUUUAUUUUGCAAGAUAAGAUGCCGGGGAACUGUCAUUUUCAGGAUUCAUGGCUACAACAUGUUGAUUACGGAGCAUGGCUUCUCAAAGUAAGCGGUGAUCGGUAUUCAGCUAGGUGCAAAGUGUGCUUGUCAACUUUCAGCAUAAAAUGCAUGGGCGAGUCGAGUCUGAAAAGUCACCAGAAAGGAACUAAACACAAGGAUCGGGUGAAAUCAUCAGGUGCAAUGGUGAAUAUUCAUAGUUUCUUCAAGUCUAAAGAAACUGGUGCAGGUACUGCAGAAACACCCUCAACAUCCUCCUCCACGAGUGAAAGUGCUCCCUCAACAUCAUCUUCAAAGACUCAAGUUGUUCUACCAUCAUCCAUUUCAAAGACUGGUAACCUCAAGGCAGAAAUAUUGUGGUGUUUGAAAGUGGUGGAAGACCAUCAGUCUUUUAAUUCCUGUAUAGGAAAUAAUGAACUCUUCCAAAGGAUGUUUCCUGAUUCGUCAAUUGCCAAAAACUUCCAGUUGUCGGCGUCAAAAUGCAAGUACAUGACAGUCUUUGGCUUGGGACCUUAUGUACAAGACUUGGUACGUGCCCACAUCAAGGAGAGCUCAUAUUAUGUUAUUUUAUUUGAUGAGAGCCUAAACCAGAAAUUGCAGAGUAAGCAGAUGGACUUUCUCAUUAGAAUCUGGCAAAAUAAUGAAGUCCACACCAGAUAUCUCAUGUCGGUCUUCAUAGGACAUGGUACUGCUUUGCACCUCAAGGAAGAACUCACAAAGGUCCUUCGAACUUGUGGACUAAGUAAGUUGUUACAGAUUUCAAUGGAUGGACCAAAUGUGAAUUGGCGCAUGUAUGAGGACUUUGGUACUGAAUAUAAAACUGAACUGAAGCAAAAUGUACUAAACCUUGGAUCAUGUGGUUUGCACAUUGUCAAUGGCGCCUUUGUUACAGGAGCAGUAGCAGCAGAUUGGGAUGUAGAAAGUUUUCUGUCGUCAUUGUUCUAUCUCUUCAAAGAUUCCCCAGCAAGAAGAGAAGACUUUCAGAAGAAUACUGGCUGUAUAGGGGAGUAUCUGAAAGAUUGUCAUAAUUUUUAUUCCACCAAAGGUGAAGUUCUGCCGAAAGUGUAG